AUGAGCAAACUCUUCGAGUCGCAGGCAGCGUCCGGCGCUGAAAAGACCACAACGGUCGAUGCAGAGUCGGCGAGCGUUGCCGUCGGUGAAGCCGCCAACUCGCUCGACACGCUCGAUGCCACGGUGGUCCGGUCUCUCAAACGCAAAGCCGACUUCAUCCUACUUCCCAUGCUUGCCGUGAUGUACCUGUUCAACUCUCUGGACAGAAGCAACAUGGGUAACGCUCAGACGGAUGGGCUGUCGCGCGAUCUACACCUCAAGGGCAAUCAGUACAACCUAGUUCUGACGUUCUACUAUGUGUUCUUUGUCAUAUUCGGCCCUGCUUCCGGCAUGGUGACCAAGAAAGUCACCGCGCGAUACAGUCUCCCCGGCAUGAUGAUGUGUUUCGGUACGGCGUCUGCUACUACCGCGUCAGUCAAGAAUUUCGGCGGCCUCAUGACCUGCAGGAUCAUGGUUGGAAUCUUCGAAGCCGGCUUUCUGACUUCGGUGGUGUACUAUUUGUCGACUUGGUAUACUCGGAGCGAGCUCGCCGCUCGCAUCGGCAUCUUCUAUGCCGCUUCAGUGGCGGCCUCGGCGUUUGGAGGCCUCCUCGCUUUCGGCAUGUUCCAGAUCAAGGAUGGAAAGCUCUUUAGCUGGGCAUACCUGUUCAUCCUGGAAGGCUGUUUGACCGUGCUGAUCGCAUCGAUUGCCCUCGUCGUCCUACCGGAGUCUCCGCGGAAGGCCUUCUUCCUCACGGAACAGGAGAAAGACGUGGCCGAACAACGCAUCCUUCUGGAUUCCGUCGAGUACAUCGAGAACCGGUUUGUGUGGUCCGAGGCCCUGUCCGAAUUCAAAAGCCCCCACAUCUACAUCCGUAUGGUUCUCAUGUGCACCGCGGGCAUCCUGGUCAGUUCCAACGGCAACUUUCUCGCCAUCAUCACAGCUCGGCUGCAAUACUCGGUGGUCAAGACGAACUUGUAUACUGUUGCCCCCGCCCUUGUCGCUGCGGUGAUUCUCGUCGCCCUGUGCGUGUCAUCAGACCACUUCCGUGAACGAGGCUAUCAUAUCGCCAUCGGGUUGAGUUUCAGCUUGAUCGGCUACAUCAUCCUGGCCACGAUUGACGUGGAAAAGCAGAAAGGGAUUGCGUACAUGGCAAUCUUUUUCAUGACCGCUGGCGCUUAUCCGACCAGCCCGCUCGGCACGGCAUGGACCGUCACCAACAUCACCAAUCUCAACGCGCGCGCGCUGACCUCGGGCAUUGUCAUCGCGUGUGGCAACGCCGCCGGCCUCAUUGCCAGUAAUAUCUUCUUCACGGACGAGGCUCCCAGGUACAUCACGGCGCUGGCAGUCAAUGCGGCCAUGUCUGGGGUGGCGCUGGUCAUCUCCUUCACCUACUCGACGUGGAUGCGGUACGAAAAUCGUCGCCGGGACAAUAUCUAUGGCAAGGAAGAAUAUGUCACCGUUGGGGUCACCAGCACCAGAGAUCCUAGAUUCCGUUUUCAGCCCUGA